CGGACAGCCAUCGUUUCACCAACACCAACACAAACUCUCACGUCACAUUCAGGCAGCGAAAUCGAACUGACAGCAGUGACAGCAGUAAGUGGAAGUGAAUCAAGUGAAUCAAAUCAAAAGAAGACGUCUCCGUUUAUUUUGUUAUCAUUCACGUUUGGUGUGAUUUAAUCAACUUUCUUAUCAAAGGCAAAGUUUGCCUCUAAACGUUAAUAUUCUUGCAAUUGGUGUAUUCUCCGCGAUCCCGUCAUGAGUUAUCAAGACGAGGAAGAACAGAUGGGCUACCAGGUGGGAUCCUUUCCCAAGGAUUUUGGUUACGGAAAUUUCGACCACGAGGAUAAUGGUUCUCGGUCCGCCGAGGAUAAGCCAAGAAUUUUACUAAUGGGCUUACGGAGAUCGGGGAAAAGUUCCAUUCAGAAGGUGGUGUUUCACAAAAUGUCACCCAAUGAAACGCUAUUUCUGGAGUCGACCAACAAGAUUGUCAAAGACGACAUUAACAACAGCAGCUUUGUGCAGUUUCAAAUUUGGGACUUUCCAGGGCAGAUAGAUUUUUUCGAUCCCACGUUUGAUUCGGAUAUGAUUUUUGGUGGAUGUGGAGCACUGGUUUUUGUGAUUGACGCACAGGAUGACUACAUCGAAGCGCUGGCCAAACUGAAUCAAACGGUUACCAAAGCCUAUAAGGUUAAUACGAGAAUAAAGUUUGAAGUCUUCAUACACAAGGUGGACGGUGUGAGUGAUGAUUUUAAAAUGGAAUCGCAGCGCGAUAUCCACUCGAGAGCGACCGACGAUCUGGCCGAUGCCGGGCUGGAGGGUGUCCAUCUGAGCUUUCAUCUUACCUCUAUUUACGACCACUCGAUCUUUGAGGCGUUUUCGAAAGUGGUUCAAAAAUUAAUUCCUCAGUUGGCAACGUUGGAAAAUCUGUUGAAUAUUUUCAUUUCGAACUCUGGAAUCGAGAAGGCGUUCCUGUUUGAUGUAGUGUCCAAGAUUUAUAUUGCAACCGAUUGUUCACCGGUAGAUAUGCAAAGCUAUGAGCUCUGCUGCGAUAUGAUAGACGUUGUUAUAGAUCUUUCGUGUAUUUAUGGAUCAAAGGAUGAUCCGGAUGUGCCAGCAUUCGACAAUCUCAGCUCCAGUCUUAUAAAGAUGAACAACAGUACCGUUCUAUAUCUGCGAGAGGUGAAUAAGUUCCUUGCGCUAGUCUGUAUCAUUCGCGAGGAGAACUUUUCGCGCCAGGGUGUCAUCGAGUAUAACUUUCUGUGCUUCCGCGAGGCCAUCACGCAGGUUUUCGAGCUUAGGUUGAAACACCAAAAGACGGAAGCCAUCGAUCAGGAUCAGGAUGACGAAAGUGAAUACCGCGGAUCGGUACCAUUGAAUGGAAGCACAUCCGGGGAGUUGGAACACACGUCGUCGUUAUCUUAGAAUUAACCAAAAUAUUUUAUGUUUGACAUAGUUCAUGUAAAAAAAAUUAACUUGCCGGGUGUGCUGAUUAUCUAUUCACGAUUGUACUAAAUAAACAGUGAU